CCCAACGACUUUAUGGGCCCAAUCACGAAAUUUACAUCUAGAACUAGAACGUUUCCCACAAGAAUUUGUUUACAAAGGUGAAAGUGGAAUCGCAGCAGGAAGCCGUUAUUACCAAAAAAAACAAAGAAAAAUCUACCGCCGCCGGCGAAAAAAAUUAAAAAUGUUGCAGACUCCGGCGUUCAUGACGCAGUACCCAUGGUCGACGAGGACAGUGCCGUCGUCCUUCCUCAUGUCAUCGCAGCCUCCCGCUCAAACCCACACUCCGGAGCAGCUUCUCGCCAUGGAAGAGGACGUUUACGAGGAGCAGUUGAAUGAGAUCCAGAAGACUAACAGCAACUUGAUCGUGAUUGGUAAGACAACCGUCGACAAUGAUAAAGAUGAGGAUGAUAAUGAUCCGGAUGAUGACGAUGCUGACAAUGCAGACGAAUCUGAAGGCGAAGAGUUUGAGCAAGAAACUGGUUGAAGGAAGCAGGCAAGAAAACCGACAAUACACCGUACCUUUGUUCUACCUUUUCUUUUGUGGGCUUAAGAAUGUCAGCAGCGUAUUCUUCAGAUGGUGAAUUUUUGAAUGAACAAGUUGUUUCUGCGCUUUAGAGAGUUGGAAGGAAGAUGAAGUUUGUGUAGACGAGUUGCCAGUGAUGGCUGCCAGUUGCUUUAUCUUGUAAAAUCUGCUAGAUACAUUUGGUUCGCAGUUUUCAUUCCAUACCGACCCCUAUUACCAUCUGCGAAUUCGAUAAGCAUUCGACGAAAAAACACCAUUCAUAUAAUCUAUAAACAUAGCAUUAGCAG